AUGUUCAAGAAGAGGAGGAUGCAGAAGGUAGAGAACAGGAUAAGUGGAGAGAAAGAGGGCUGCUGUGGAAUCAAUGAGGGGGUGUGAGAGUGAAUGACUUCAGGGGUUAUUACCCUGCCUGAAUGCCAUUAGGUUUCUCAUGUCUUUGGUUUUGGUCUGAAGAAGACCUCUCUGGGUUGUUGCUGUACAACAAUACCUACUAGUCCCUUAAGAUUAACGGCUGGUAUUGGCCCUGAAGGCUGUGUGUGGAUACUGCUCUCUGCUCUGACCGCCUGCCUGUGUCUCUAACCAUCUAGCUAACUGUUGUUUGGGAGCGGUGGCUUCCAUGGCAGAUCCAGUUUCAGGUGCCUGUUGUUCCAUACCGGCUGCCCGUGAAACUCUAGCCUGGUGUAGAGUGAAGAGGGGUGUGGAGUUACUGGAAGAGCUACGACAUGGCGUGGUCCGUCUCUACUGGCGCUGACUGUCAUGCCAAUGCUUUAUCUGGCCUGGCGCAACAAUUGGAUGCUAAUGACCUUUAGCAUCCAUUCAUGUACCAGUCGGGUGGUGAUGAACUAAGUCUUUAGAAUGUUGGAGAUGGAAUGAAUGCAUGUUGCAGACAGUCAGUGCAGACUGGAUACAGGCCAGGGUUCUUGUCUAUAAAUACCUUAUCCCCUGCUUUGUAAUGAUGGACUCUCAGCUCGUUGAGUUUCUCUGCAGUUGCCACAUUUUCAGAGGGACAGAGUCAAGGCUAAGGGGCUGGGCUAUACUGAGUGCUGAACAGGCACAUCUUGGUGUGUGAUAUGCUCAAUGCUGGAGUGAUGCAGAGCUGAUGUAUUCUGAUGAAGCUGUGCCCACUUUUAGCUCAGGUGCUUUCAGCCUCUAAGGGUCCCGCUGAGCGCAUGCGCACACACACACACCAGGUGGAGGCAGGCUGUUCAGGCGUACUGUUAAGUCAAUUUACCACAGCAAGCCUAUGCCAGGUUCUCGCUCGCUCGCUCACUCACUCACACAGGAACGGUGAGGGUGGCAGUUGUCCCUAAGCGAUUGACCAGGACCAGUUUGGGUUUGUGUGAGUCCUGCUGGGUGAGGUCAGGCCCAGGAGGAGUAGUACUGAUCCUAGGCCAGCACUCUGAGGAGUAAUGUUUUUCCCUGGAGCUGCAGUACUCUAUCCAGCUCUGCUACUCUGCUUCUGCUGAGGAAUAACCUGUGAACAGACCAGCUGUCCCCAAUCACAAGUGAUUCACAACUGGCAAGGUUUUAAAAGCCCAGGUGGUUUCAUUGCUGUAUCCUUUAAAGGUGUUGAAGGAGCCCAUGACAAGCCGAGUAGUGGAGAAUCUGAUCUUGAACCUGGCUGGCACCCUUCCAAACCGUGUCCAGUCUGAUGUUAUUGUCACAGUUGCUGUUGGCAUGUGAGAGUGAGACAUUGUAAGAUAGGCCAACUCUCUGAGAAAUAGGUUUAUUCUCUCACUUGUUCAGGUAGAGGCCUAUAGCUUUUGGAAAUGGGGUUUUGAUAUUUGAUCCCAUUUGAGUAUUUUAAGGAGAAUCCGGAAUCGCUCAUCCAAAUACUUUUAGCCUAAUUCCCAUCCUCCCCCCCGUCUGGGCAAAACCAUUUCUCACUGUCUAUGUUGUGAAUGGAGAUGGUUGUCACCAAUUCAUCUCAUGUGGGAGACAACCCUGCCUCUUAGUCUAUUUGGGACAUAUUUCCCUGACAACAGACAUGACCUCCGUUAGCCUCUACCAAAGCCUUAUGGGUGUAAUAUACACUGGUCGUGUGAAAUAUGACUUGUUUACUGUGUGUAUACACACAAACACACACACACACAAACAUACACUGAGAGUGAUUGAUGUUAAUUCCCUCUGGUGGUUGACAGCUCAGCUGUGCUGCUUCCUGUUUGUGUAGGAGUGGGCGUGUUGUGUGUGUUUGCUGUUUGUUUGCAUUCAUCAGCUGGAUAUUAUGGAAAGGAGGAGGAUAUAGAGAGAGGGAAGAAUGAAAAGAGCGAAAGAGGAGGGACAAAUGUUUGUCUUUCAUUCAUUUGUGAUGAUGACGAUUACAUGGCUGUAUGCUGGUUUAGAGAUGAGUGAAGGUAGACCUAAAGUCAGAGGGAGAGGAGGGGUGUGUGUCUGGCUUGCCGUAGGUCCUGUGAAGGUGUGAACCGUGUGAUGGUUAGAGCUGUGUUUCCACCUGCUGUUGAGUCGGUGUGCAUUCAGCUCCGCUGUUUGACGGCUGCUGCAUCAUGCAAAUCCUGACAGGAAGGACUGGAUACGCGCACGGGGACAGGGAUUUACUAACUAACAGCUUAUGUAGGCUGCAGCAUGUGAAGUAGAAUCAAACAAGGCUACUACUACAGUUUGCUCUUUCCUCUGCAGUGGUGUUAGUUGUACUUUGUUUGUGUAAGUAUUUUCUGCAUGUUAUGUACUGUAAUCAGGAGUGACAUCAUGGGGUUGAGGAAGUUGCUUUUACAGAGUCAAAUCACUGUCAAAAAGGAAGAGCCAUGCUGUAUAAAGAUUUUGUAGAUGGUGUAGCCUAUAAACCAUAAUUUUGACUGUAGUAACAAUCUAGAUAUCUCCUGGUUGACUCAUGUCCUUCCUAUUUCCCCUGGAGACACAGACACCAUGUGUUCACCAUGUAACUUGGCAUGUUGACUGUCGUUUUUUUUACUAACUAUCUUUUUCCUCUCUUUCCUCAUCUCCCUCCCUAAGGCUUGGAGCACCGAUAAUCUGGACACUUCCGGGGAGCCCGCUACCCGCUCCGUGGGCACCACUGCCAACUUGAAGGGGAAGAUGAGCAAGAGGUGAGACUGCCACUAAGACUGGCACACUGCCCUCCGGGUCUUAAUCAUUUCACUGAUGGUGGAUUGCAACAGUUAAAGAUAAUUUAAAGAGGGUGGAAAGAGUACACUGCUGACCUGUACAAGGGAAAUGUGACUGCAGUGCAGUUACAGGACGCAGAAGUGGUGUGAACUGUGAACCAUUAUACACUGAUGGAACUUUGGUGCCAGACAAGGGAUGCCAAGCAUAGACUGAGAGGAAGGGUGUAUAUUAGAUAUACUGUAGUAUUUCAGGUCCGCUAUACUUUGUAGCUGUGCCCUGCAAUGAAGGCCCUUGUAUGGACAUCACUGUCAGGUCUUAAACAACUUCUGUGGAGACACGGGACGGAGAGAAGUUUAAACAUGAACACACACCCACAGAACUUCAGAACUCCCCUUACGGCCCAUGCGGAACUGUGAAACAGGAAGUUCCCCAAUUUCAUUUUCCCUUGGCUGCAGUGUGGUUAUUAUGUGGUAGUUGACAAUGGGAGGUGUGAUGGUUGUUGAUGUGAUGUGAAGCUCAGAGGAGUGAAGUGAGUGUCACUGAUCAAGUCUGGCCCCGGUCACCGUAUUGCCACUAAAUAACCGCAGGCUGGCAUAAACCUAACCACACUGCUAACCCUAAUGCUUAAAUUAAGACCAAAAAGCUUUCAUUAAUUUUUACAAUAUAGGCUAUUUUAAUUUUGCAGCUGGCCCAUCUAGCAGAAAUUGCUCAGUUCUGCCUGCAGGGCAAGAUGAAUGACAAUAAACAUCAAGCUGCAAAAAUCACCAUGCCACGGUCGGUGUGUGCAGUUGGGAGUAGGGACAUGCAAAGCAGUCAUGCGACCGUUCUGCUCAGGGUGGUUUCUGUUCAAACAAGAACCACGGUCACUGUCAAGCUCUCAUAGCUACAACUUUGUUUGUCCUGCAGUUUCACUCCUAACCUACACUACCAGUCAAAAGUUUGGACACACCUACUCAUUCAAGGGUUUUUCUUAGUUUUUACUAAUUUUUUACAUUAUAGAAUAAUAGUGAAGACAUCAAAACUAUGAAAUAACACAUAUGGAAUCAUGUAGAAACCAAAAAAGUGUUAAACAAAUCAAAAUAUAUUUUAUAUUUGAGGUUCUUCAAAUAGCCACCCUUUGCCUUGAUGACAGCUUUGCACACUCUUGGCAUUCUCUCAACCAGCUUCAUGAGGUAGUCACCUGGAAUGCAUUUCAAUUAACAGGUGUGCCUUCUUAAAAGUUAAUUUGUGGAAUUUAUUUACUUCUUAAUGCAUUUGAGCCAAUCACUUGUGUUGUGACAAGGUGGGGGGGGGGGGUGUAUACAGAAUAUGGCUCUAUUUGGCAAAAGACCAAGUCCAUAUUAUGGCAAGAACAGCUGAAAUAAGCAAAGAGAAAAGACAGUCCGUCAUUACUUUAAGACAUGAAAGUCAGUCAAUAAGGAACAUUUCAAGAACUUUGAAAGUUUCUUCAAGUGCAGUCGCAAAAACCAUCAAGUGCUAUGAUGAAUCUGGCUCUCAUGAGGACCACCACAGGAAUGGAAGACCCAGAGUUACCUCUGCUGCAGAGGAUAAAUUCAUUAGAGUUAACAGCCUCAGAAAUUGCAGCCAAAAUAAAUGCUUCACAGAGUUCAAGUCACAGACACAUCUCAACAUCAACUGUUCAGAGGGGACUGUGUGAAUCAGGCCUUCAUGGUCGAAUUGCUGCAAAGAAACCACUACUAAAGGACACCAAUAAUAAGAAGAGACCUGCUUGGGCCAAGAAACACGAGCAAUGGACAUUAGACCGGUGGACAUUUGUCCUUUGGUCUGGAGUCCAAAUUUGAGAUUUUUGGUUCAAACCGCCUUGUCUUUGUGAGACGCGGUGUGGGUGAACGGAUGAUCCUGCAUGUGUAGUUCCCACCGUAAAGCAUGGAGGAGGAGGUGUAAUGGUGUGGGGGUGCUUUGCUGGUGACACUGUCUGUGAUUUAUUUAGAAUUCAAGGCACACUUAACCAGCAUGGCUACCACAGCAUUCUGCAGCGAUACACCAUCCCAUCUGGUUUGGGCUUAGUGGGACUAUCAUUUGUUUUUCAACAGGACAAUGACCCAACACACCUCCAGGCUGUGUAACGGCUAUUUUACCAAGAAGGAGAGCGAUUGAGUGCUGCAUUAGAUGACCUGGCCUCCACAAUCGCCCGACCUCAACCCAAUUGAGAUGGUUUGGGAUAAGUCGGACGGCAGAGGGAAGGAAAAGCAGCCAACAAGUGUUAAGCAUAUGUGGGAACUCCUUCAAGACUGUUGGAAAAGCAUUCCAGGUGAAGCUGGUUGAGAGAAUGCCAAGAGUGUGCAAAGCUGUCAUCAAGGCAAAGGGUGGCUAUUUGAAGAAUCUCAAAUAUAAAAUAUAUUUUGAUUUGUUUAACACUUUUUUAAUUAGUGUUAUUUCAUUGUUUUGAUGUCUUCACUAUUAUUCUACAAUGUAGAAAAUAGUAAAAAUAAAGAAAAACCCUUGAAUGAGUAGGUGUGUCCAAACCUUUGACUGGUACUGUAAGUGUAGGCCUACCAAUUCACCCAAACAUACAGACUGUAUACAGGGCUUCUACUACUUCACUAACAUUAGAACAGUAUUGGUCUGCUGCUGUUCAAGACAAAUAGAUUCUCUGUAUUGUGACACACACUCUGUGACUGUAUAAUGCUGUUUUUUAAUCUAAUCUGAAUGCUGUGUGUGUCUCUCUCAGGCUGUCUGUUGUGAAAGGCCACUUCCCUAAACUCGUUGACUGUGCCCACUUCCACUAUGACAAUGUGGAGUUUGGCUCCAUCGAGGUAGGUUUCGUCACAAGACUGUGUGUGCGGGAUAAAAUGCCCAAUUUAGAAAUGUCAACUACAAAGAUUUCCUGCUUGGCUGACUCUAAAUGAAGUGUGUUUUAGCCAUGUCUAUUACUAACAUCAUAGGUCCUUAUGGAUGUUCGUGGCCUGCAUUAGAACCCCAGCCUCAUGCCUGUAAUGUUACUGUGGUAAUGAUAACCCCAGCCUCAUGCCUGUAAUGUUACUGUGGUAAUGAUAACCCCAGCCUCAUGCCUGUAAUGUUACUGUGGUAAUGAUAACCCCAGCCUCAUGCCUGUAAUGUUACUGUGGUAAUGAUGACAUGUGAACAGGACUGACAGACACUCCUAAUGACCUCACAAUACUGGUCUCACUGUGGGAUUACUGUGGGUGUGUGUGUUACCGCAUGUCUGUACUGUGUGUGUGUUCCUGUCAGAAUGCUUCAGGGCUAUGGGCUAGAUGUGGAAGGGGGAUGGUGUGGGCACAGCGGAGAGAUGAGAGCAGCAACAUCUCCAGGGCUGAGGCUGGCUCUCUUUCUUUGUGCCUGACCUGCACACUCACACACAAUCACAACUGGACUCACACAAAUACAAACAAGCUCACUCAGAUUUUCAGUCCAUGGGCAUCGGAGUGGAAGAGCAGCAGCACUCUCUCCUUCCCUCUCUCCUUUUUUUCUGACAUUCCCACUGAGCACGUUCACUCAUACCUCUCCAGAUACUCCUCAUUUCUAUUAAUUGUGACAUAGUUAGUUCAUUCACACUCUUAUGUUCACAAACUUGUCGUUUACUUAUACAAGCACACACCGUAUACAAAUUUGUCUCCAGCCCAAAACACACACACACACUGUUAAACAUAUGCUACUUCAACUGAAAUCAUAUAACCUCAUCCUAUAACAAGAAUUGGGUAACAUUAAUGCCAUUUUAAACGCAUAGUCAUGAUGAUGAACUCUAUACACCUGAUGUAGUGAGUGACAUCAUCACCUCCUUGUCCCAGCACAGCUGUUAGUGCUCUCUUUCUCUGUGCUGGAGUGUGUGUGUUGAGCAGAGGGAGCACUGCUUAUUAGCGUCUGAAGCCCCUGAAGAAAAGAGAUCUGAAAGAGACUUUUCUCAUCUCACUGUCCUUGCUCUCUGAGUCAGAAACGAGCCACACACCAAAGCCUCUCUUUUCUUCUCUCUUUCUUGCAUUUGCUUUCUCUGGCUCCUUUCUCCUUACCUCUACCUCUCUCUCUCUCAAUUUCAAUUUCAAUUUAAGGGCCUACCUUCCUCCACUGAGUCUCUCUCCUCUUUAUCCCUAUCUCCCUCUCUGUAUCUCCCUCUCCCUCUCUGCAUCUAUCUCUCUAUCCCUCCGCUGUUCUCUCUGUAUAUCUCUGAGGUGUUAGUCAUAGUGGAUGUGAUGUGAAGGUCCGUCAGACAAACGCGCCGAAGUCCACAACACUGCCUGUCUCAUUUCAGAUUAAAGUAUUUUCUCUCUUAAUCCCCUGGAGCCUCAACCCUCCCUUCUUCCUCCUCCUCCUUCCCAAAAAAAAGAGAAAAUACCAUAAAAUGCAUGACUGUUUUCCUUUUGUGCUUGUUUGUAAAUCCAGGUCACCAUAACCACAUGGGUGUGCUAUGGCUCCAUCAGAGGAUUUAUAUGAGCAGCACAUGACUCUGAUGUCACUAGUAUGGCAUGGUGUCCUUCUUUUCACAGCUUUCUCUGCAUUGUUAAGUCCAUUAAAGUUUAAUACUGUUUCAUGGCUGAAAUGUUGUUGGCCAUUUUGAAAGAUCUCCUCUGAGUUAGUUGGCUGCUUUAUUAGAAGAUGCAGAAUUUGGGCAACUAGGAGGGAGGUUGUCUAAAAGGUACCAGGCAAGGAUGGAGAUUUCCCAGGAUAUAAUGUAUCCUGAUCUUGUGUGUAGGUAUGGGAGGGUGCUUUGCAAAUCAAAUCAAAUGUUAUUUGUUACAUGUGCCGUAUACAACCGAUGUAGACCUUACAGUGAAAUGCUUACUUACAAGCCCUUAACCAACAAUGCAGUUUUUAAGAAAUAAUACAAAAAUAAACGAAUAAAAAAUUAACAAAAAAAUAUACAAUAUAAAUUAAUACGAAAAAAAGUAACAAAUAAUUAAAGAGCAGCAGUAAAAAUAACAAUAGCGAGGCAAUAUACAGGUGGUACCGAGUCAAUGUGCGGGGGCACCGGUUAGUCGAUGUAAUUGGGGUAAUAUGUACAUGUAGGUAGAGUUAUUAAAGUGACUAUGCAUAGAUAAUAAACAUAGAGUAGCAGCAGUGUAAAAGAGGGGUGGUUGGCAAUGCAAAUAAUCUGGGUAGCCAUUUGAUUAGAUGUUCAGGAGUCUUAUGGCUUGGGGGUAGAAGCUGUUUAGAAGCCUCUUGGACCUAGACUUGGCGCUCCGGUACCGCUUGCCGUGCGGUAGCAGAGAGAACAGUCUAUGACUAGGGUGGUUGGAGUCAUUUUUUAGGGCCUUCCUCUGACACCGCCUGGUAUAGAGGUCCUGGAUGGCAGGAAGCUUGGCCCCAGUAAUGUACUGGGCCGUACGCACUACCCUCUGUAGUGCCUUGCGGUCGGAGGCCGAGCAGUUGCCAUACCAGGCAGUGAUGCAACCAGUCAGGAUGCUCUCGGGUGCAGCUGUAGAACCUUUUGAGGAUCUGAGGACCCAUGACAAAUCUUUUCAGUCUCCUUAGGGGGAAUAGGUUUUGAUAGGUUUUGUCGUGCCCACUUCACGACUGUCUUGGUGUGCUUGGACCAUGUUAGUUUGUUGGUGCUGUGGACGCCAAAGAACUUGAAGUUCUCAACCUGCUCCACUACAGCCCUGUCGAUGAGAAUGGGGGUGUGCUCGGUCCUCUUCUUUUUCCUGUAGUCCACAAUCAUCUCCUUUGUAUUGAUCACGUUGAGGGAGAGGUUGUUGUCCUGGCACCACACGGCCAGGUCUCUGACCUCCCUAUAGGCUGUCUCGUCAUUGUUGGUGAUCAGGCCUACCACUGUUGUGUCAUCGGCAAACUUAAUGAUGGUGUUGGAGUCGUGCCUGACAAUGCACUCAUGAGUGAACGCCAGGGUUGUGGGUUCGUUUCCCACGGGGGGGCAGUAUGAAAAAUUAAAAUAAAUAAAUCAUGUAUGCACUCACUAACUGUAAGUCGCUCUGGAUAAGAGCGUCUGCUAAAUGACUUAAAUGUAAAUGUUACCUAACCUUACCACCUGGGGGCGGCCUGUCAGGUAGUCCAGGAUCCAGUUGCAGAGGGAGGUGUUUAGUCCCAGGAUCCUUAGCUUAGUGAUGAGCUUAGAGGGCACUAUGGUGUUGAAUGCUGAGCUGUAGUCAAUGAAUAGCAUUCUCACAUCCUUUUGUCCAGGUGUGAAAGAGCAGUGUGGAGCGCAAUAGAGAUUGCAUCAUCUGUGGAUCUGUUGGGGCGAUAUGCAAAUUGGAGUAGGUCUAGGGUUUCUGGGAUAAUGGUGUUGAUGUGAGCCAUGACCAGCCUUUCAAAGCACUUCAUGGCUACAGACGAGAGUGCUACGGGUCGGUAGUCAUUUAGGCAGGUUACCUUAGUGUUCUUAGGCACAGGGACUAUGGUGGUCUGCUUGAAACAUGUUGGUAUUACAGACUCAGACAGGGAGAGGUUGAACAUGUCAGUGAAGACACUUGCCAGUUGGUCAGCGCAUGCUCAGAGUACACGUCCUGGUAAUCUGUUUGGCCCUGCGGCCUUGUGAAUGUUGACCUGUUUAAAGGUCUUACUCACAUCGGCUACAGAGAGCGUGAUCACACAGUCGUCCGGACCAGCUGAUGCUCUCAUGCAUGUUUCAGUGUUACUUGCCUCGAAGCGAGCAUUGAAGUAAUUUAGCUCGUCAGGUAGGCUCGUGUCACUGGGCAGUUCGCGCCUGUGCUUCCCUUUGUAGUCUGUAAUAGUUUGCAAGCCCUGCCACAUCCGAUGAGCGUCGGAGCCGGUGUAGUACGUGUCGAUCUUAGUCCUGUAUUGACGCUUUGAUUGUUUGAUGGUUCGUCGUAGGGCAUAGCAGGAUUUCUUAUAAGCUUCCGGUUUAGAGUCCCGCUCCUUGAAAGCGGCAGCUCUACCCUUUAACUCAGUGCGGAUGUUGCCUGUAAUCCAUGGCUUCUGGUUGGGGUAUGUACGUACAGUCACUGUGGGGACGACGUCAUCGAUGCACUUAUUGAUGAAGCCAGUGACUGAUGUGGUGUACUCCUCAAUGCCAUUGGAAGAAUCCCGGAACAUAUUCCAGUCAGUGCUAGCAAAAUAGUCCAAUAGCUUAGCUUCAUCUGACCACUUUUUAUUGACCGAGUCACUGGUGCUUCCUGCUUUAGUUUUUGCUUUUAAGCAGGAAUCAUGAGGAUAGAAUUAUGGUCAGAUUUUCCAAAUGGAGGGCGAGGGAAUGCUUUGUACGCGUCUCUGUGGGUGGAGUAAAGGUGGUCUAGAGUUUUUUUUCCCCUCUGGUUGCACAUUUAACAUGCUGGUAGAAAUGAGGUAAAACGGAUUAAAGUUUCCCUACAUUAAAGUCCCCGGCCACUAGGAGCGCCGCCUCUGGUUGAGCGUUUCCUGUUUGCUUAUGGCCGUAUAUAGUACAUUGAGUGCGGUCUUAGUGCCAGCAUCGGUUUGUGGUGGUAAAUAGACAGCUACGAAAAAUACAGUAGAUACUUUUCACUUAUAAUUCACUUUGGUAGAUAGUGUGGUCUACAGCUUAUCAUUAGAUACUCUACCUCAGGCGAGCAAAACCUUGAGACUUCCUUACAUAUCGUUCACCAGCUGUUGUUUACAAAUAUACAUAGACUGCCAAAUCCCUCUCAUCUGUCUCAUAAAAUAAAAAUUAUUUGUCCAUUUCAAGGUGAGUAAUCGCUGUUCUGAAUUCCAGAAGCUAUUUUCAGUCAUGAGACAGUAGCAGCAACAUUAUGUACAAAAUAAGUUAAAAACAAUGCGAAAAAACACACAAAAUAACACGGUUGGUUAAGAGUCCAUAACAUGGCAGCCAUCCCCUCCGGCGCCAUUUCCUUGCAGUAUCCUUGUAUGUGUGUUUGCUUAUUCUGUGUACAGUAGGCUAUAUGCAUUGUAUAGUUAAAAUACACCUGUUCCACCUGUUUUUGUGACCCAUGCUUGAGUAUGUGUGUGUUUCUGUUCCUCAGUUACAGUUUGCGAACGAGCAGAGCGAUGCCAGCUGGAACUCGGGCUCUGCCAAAGACCUGGUUUUCCUGGUGCAGGUGUCCUGCCAGGUGAGUGGGCACGGCCACAUACCCUCGCCAAACAUACACACUCGCACAUCUCCUAGCCAGGGCUAUAUUUAACCCAGACACAUUCACACCAACACAUACACAGGGUGGGAAUACAUUUCCCUUCCUCUCUCCUCCUGUCUGACUUAUUUCCCACCUUCCUUGCUCUCCUCCUCACAUGAAUCUUUCUGUCCCCUCUUCUUUCCCACUCGCUGUCUCACGCUCUGUCUCUCUAUCUCUCUCUCUGUCUAUGAUGUAGACUAAGACGUGGAUGGUGCGGCGCUCCUAUGAGGAGUUCCGUACUCUGGACGCUCACCUCCACCAGUGUAUCUACGACCGGCGCUACUCCCAGCUGCUGCCCCUGCCACCCCUCAGCGAGCUCGGGGACAGGGUAGAGGUGAGUUGGGACUGUGGGAGAGCUCAUUUGGUGGGGGGGUUAUGUAGCAUUCUGGCUGAAUUGGCAGUAGAAUGUUUUGCUGUACUGUAUGGAGGUCGAUGAUACUGUGCGGAAGGUACCGAUGUAGGUUAGCAUGAAGACCUCUGGGAAUGACAUGAAAUUACCUUCAUCAAUAAUAUGCCAUUUAGCAGACGCUUUUAUCCAAAGCGACUUACAGUCAUGUGUGCAUUCAUUUUUACGUAUGGGUGGUCCCGGGGAUCGAACCCACUACCCUGGCUUCAUAAGUGCCAUGCUCUACUAAAUAAGCUACAGAGGACCACGGUUAUGGAGUCAUCGUUGUCUGUGACCGGUCUGUCUCUGUACCCAUUUGUUCUCUGAUUCUAGCAGGUGUUCAUAUUUGGGUCACCUGUCUUCAUCUACAGUUUCUGGGAGUAGAUGUACGUAAAUGUCUGGAAGCUCCUACAGUAGCUGUGUGUUAAGAGUCCUGUGUCAGUUGGUUUUGUUGUUGUUCGUCAGAUCUUCACCCCGCUGCUGUCGGAGUACCUGAGCCGCCUCUCCAUGAUCGUGGACAACAAGCUCAACUGUGGGCCUGUGCUCACCUGGAUGGAGGUGAGACUAUUAAAGUAUCUUUAGAAAACAUAAGAGAGUGGACUGUGUGGUCCAGUGGUUACAGCCGCUGACCCUGGCUCACAUAUAUGCCAGAGUCAGCAUGGGUUCGAAUCUGGCCCACUGCCUUUUGAUUCACCCUCCCCCAUCGUUCACACAUCUCUUCAAUAAAGCAACAACAACAAAAAGGAGUGGGGCUGCCCCUCCCCCCAAAGACGUUGAAAGAAAGAGUGUGAAGGUGAUAAUAAGCUGUAGGGUGAAACAUAAGAAGUUGGUCAGAGAAAGAAGACAAUUGUUGGGGAAGAGCAAAGUAGAAUGAGAAAGACCGACCUAGAGAGACAGGCUUUGUCUUACUACCUGUGGAUUAGCCCUAAUACUAUAAUUAAGGGAUAUUGAGAACGUGGUGUAAUUAUUUGCCCAUCUACAGUUGAAGUCGGAAGUUUACAUACACUUAGGUUGGAGUCAUUAAAACUCAUUUUUCAACCACUCCACACAUUUCUUGUUAACAAACUAUAGUUUUGGCAAGUUGAUUAGGACAUCUACUUUGUGCAUGACACAAGUAAUUUUUCCAGCAAUUGUUUACAGACAGAUUAUUUCACUUAUAAUUCACUAUCACAAUUCCAGUGGGUCAGAUGUUUAUAUACACUAAGCUGACUGUGCUUUUAAACAGCUUGGAAAAUUCCAGAAAAGUAUGUCAUGGCUUUAGAAGCUUCUGAUAGGCUAAUUGACAUAAUUUGAGUCAAUUGGAGGUGUGCCUGUGGAUGUAUUUCAAGGCCUACCUUAUAAUAAUAAUAAUAUGCCAUUUAGCAGACGCUUUUAUCCAAAGCGACUUACAGUCAUGCGUGCAUAAAUUUUUGUGUAUGGGUGGUCCCGGGGAUCGAACCCACUACCUUGGCGUUACAAGCGCCGUGCUCUACCAGCUGAGCUACAGAGGACCACAUUCAAACUCAGUGCCUCUUUGCUUGAAUUCAGGGGAAAAUCAAAAGAAAUCAGCCAAGAUUUUUCAUCUGUACAAACAAUAGUACGCAAGUAUAAACACCAUGGGACCACGCAGCCGUCAUACCGCUCAGGAAGGAGACGCAUUCUGUCUCCUAGAGAUGAACGUACCUUUGUGCGAAAAGUGCAAAUCAAUCCCAGAACAACAGCAAAGGACCUUGUGAAGAUGCUGUAGUGAACAGGUACAAAAAGCAUCUAUAUCCACAGUAAACAAGUCCUAUAUCGACAUAACCUGAAAGGCUGCUCAGCAAGGAAGAAGCCACUGCUCCAAAACCGCCAUAAAAAAGCCACACUACGGUUUGCAACUGCACAUGGGGACAAAGAUCUUACUUUUUGGAGAAAUGUAAUCUGGUCUGAUGAAACAAAAAUAGAACUGUUCAGCCAUAAUGACCAUCAUUAUGUUUGGAGGAAAAAGGGGGUUUCUUGCAAGCCGAAGAACACCAUCCCAACCGUGAAGCACGGGGGUGGCAGUAUCAUGCUGUGGGGGUGCUUUGCUGCAGGAGGGACUGGUGCACUUCACAAAAUAGAUGGCAUCAUGAGGAAGGAAAAUUAAGUGGAUAUAUUGAAGCAACAUCUCAAGACAUCAGUCAGGAAGUUAGAGCUUGGUCGCAAAUGGGUCUUCCAAAUGGACAAUGACCCCAAGCAUACUUCCAAAGUUGUGGCAAAAUGGCUUAAGGACUACAAAGUCAAGGUAUUGGAGUGGCUAUCACAAAGCCCUGACCUCAAUCCUAUAGAAAAUGUGUGGGCAGAACUGAAAAGGCGUGUGCGAGCAAGGAGGCCUACAAACCUGACUCAGUUACACCAGCUCUGUCAAGAGGAAUGGGCCACAAUUCACCCAACUUAUUGUGGGAAGCUUGUGGAAGGCUAACCGAAAGUUAAACAAUUUUAAAGGCAAUGCUACCAAAUACUAAUUGAGUGUAUGUAAACUUCUGACCCACUGGGAAUGUGAUGAAAUAAAUAAAAUCUGAAAUAAAUCAUUCUCUCUACUAUUAUUCUGACAUUUCACAUUCUUAAAAUAAAGUGGUGAUCCUAACUGACCUAAGACAGGGAAUUUUUACUAGGAUUACAUUUCAGGAAUUGUGAAAAACUGAGUUUAAAUGUAUUUGGCUAAGGUGUAUGUAAACUUCCGACUUCAACUGUAUUCCUUAAACAACAGAGGUUUGGCGGCAGGUAGCUUAGUGGUUUAAGAGCGUUGUGCCAGUAACCAGAAGGUCGCUGGUUCUAAUCCCCGAGCUGACUAGGUGAAAAAUCUGUCUGUGCCCUUGAGCAAGGCACUUAACCCUAAUUGCUCCUGUAAGUCGCUCUGGAUAAGCGUGUCUGCUAAAUGACUAAAAAUUUAAAUGUUAUUGUUUGCUGUUCCUCCCAGAUUGACAACCGUGGGAAUCGGUUCCUCCUGAAAGAGGAAGCUUCGCUCAACGUUCCAGCCAUCGCCGCUGCUCAUGUCAUCAAGCGCUACACGGCGCAGGCCAAUGAUGAGAUCUCCAUCGAGGUAUGGAGCUGCUGCAGGGAUACACAGAACCGAAUGAGAUUACAUUAGUGGCCGUCAUAGUUUCCAGAUUUCAAUGUCACCUCUCUGUCCUGGCCUUAGUCUCUCUGUUUCGCUGUCACCUUCCUUUUUCUUCUAGUUUUCCUCCUCUUCCUCCUCCUGUUCUCAGUCUAUUCCUGUCCUCUCCUCCUCCUACUGCUCUACAUACUGCUUCUCUCUCUGUUUCUGGGCCAGAGCACCCCGGAAUGGGAUGACCCAAACACUGAGGCACAUUUUAGCUCUUCUGUCUGUCUCUCUCGCUCUUUCUGUCUGUCUCUCUCGCUCUGUCUGUCUGUCUCGCUCUUUCUGUCUGUCUGUCUCUCUCGCUCUGUCUGUGUGUCUCUCGCUCUGUCUGUCUCUCUCGCUCUGUCUGUCUCUCUCUCGCUCUGUCUCUCACGCUCUUUGUCUCUCUCGCUCUUUCUGUCUGUCUCUCUCGCUCUUUCUGUCUCUCUCUCGCUCUGUCUGUGUGUCUCUCGCUCUGUCUGUCUCUCUCUCGCUCUGUCUGUCUCUCUCUCGCUCUGUCUGUCUCUCUCUCGCUCUGUCUGUCUCUCUCUCGCUCUGUCUGUCUCUCUCGCUCUGUCUGUCUCUCUCUCGCUCUGUCUGUCUCUCUCUCGCUCUCUCUGUCUCUCUCUCGCUCUCUCUGUCUCUCUCUGUCUCUCUCGGUCUGUCUCUCGCUCUGUCUGUGUGUCUCUCUCGCUCUGUCUCUCUCGCUCUGUCUCUCUCGCUCUGUCUCUCUCGCUCUGUCUCUCUCGCUCUGUCUCUCUCGCUCUGUCUCUCUCGCUCUGUCUCUCUCGCUCUGUCUGUCUCUCUCGCUCUGUCUGUCUCUCUCGCUCUGUCUCGCUCUUUCUGUCUGUCUCGCUCUUUCUGUCUGUCUCGCUCUUUCUGUCUGUCUCGCUCUUUCUGUCUGUCUCGCUCUUUCUGUCUGUCUCGCUCUUUCUGUCUGUCUCGCUCUUUCUGUCUCUCUCGCUCUUUCUGUCUCUGUCUCUCUCUCGCUCUCUGUGUCUCUCUCGCUCUUUCUGUCUCUGUCUCUCUCUCGCUCUCUGUGUCUCUCUCGCUCUGUCUGUCUCUCUCGCUCUGUCUGUCUCUCUCGCUCUGUCUGUCUCUCUCGCUCUCUGUCUCUCUCGCUCUGUCUCUCUCGCUCUGUCUCUCUCGCUCUGUCUGUCUCGCUCUUUCUGUCUGUCUCUCUCUCGCUCUCUGUCUCUCUCUCGCUCUCUGUGUCUCUCUCGCUCUCUCUGUCUCUCGCUCUUUCUGUCUCUGUCUCUCUCGCUCUUUCUGUCUCUGUUACGAACCCCGUGGCUCUAAACGUCUAGGGUGGAUGGACAUGAGACCCGUAACAUAAAUUAUGCAAAUUAUAAGUGUGACCUGGAACAGUGAGAACCAAAAAUGACACAACAACCAUGAACUACCGUCAAACUUAAAUGGUUUAUUGCUAAACACACGGUAAAGGUUUGGGAAAAAGGGCUGAGCAGGACCCAAGAAAUGAAACAAAAGUGUAAAACCCCCUAAACUGAUCUAGCCUGCCUGAAGAACCGCUAGGCUACUGCUAGUCAUACAAAAGUACAGUGGGUGGUCCGCUCAGGUCUAACUAGUGUUUUUAGACAGAAUUCGUCCUACGGGUAAUGUACGCCCAAGGGCAACUAGCUUAAACUCCCCUUUUCCCAGAAACACACAAAGCUACCAAACAGGGUAAUCAGCAAUUAAAUAAGUACACAGGAUACAACAGUAUCCACACUCAGGUAAAGAAAUAUAUUCUAAUAACGUUACCAAUAGGGUAACCAACAACUUAGUGCGUACACAACACACAGGACACCACCGUGUCCAUACUCACAUAUGGCAAAAAGUCUCUCUCUCUUGCAACAAACACAAGUCUGGUUUUUAUAAAAUGGGAUGUGUGAUUGAACAAACGAGUAACAGGUGGUGCAAUUCACAGGAAUGUUCACUGAUUGGUCCAAUCAGCAGACACCUCAACGACCACCAAUCAGGAACAUACAGGACACCUGUGAUUAGGGCAGAAGGAGAGAAACACACAAAAACACAGGAUACCUGUAUCCGUAACAGUCUCUCUCGCUCUUUCUGUCUCUCUCGCUCUUUCUGUCUCUCUCGCUCUUUCUGUCUCUGUCUCUCUCGCUCUGUCUGUCUGUCUCUCUCUCGCUCUGUCUGUCUCUCUCUCGCUCUUUCUGUCUCUCUCGCUCUUUCUGUCUCUCUCGCUCUGUCUGUCUCUCUCUCGCUCUCUGUCUGUCUGUCUGUCUGUCUCUCUCGCUCUGUCUGUCUCUCUCGCUCUGUCUCUCUCGCUCUUUCUGUCUCUCUCGCUCUUUCUGUCUCUCUGUCUCUCUCGCUCUUUCUGUCUCUCUCGCUCUUUCUGUCUCUGUCUCUCUCGCUCUCUCUGUCUCUCUCGCUCUUUUGCUCUCGCUCUUUCACUCUGUCUGUCUGUCUGUCUGUCUCUCGCUCUGUCUGUCUGUCUCUCUGUCUGUCUCUCUGUCUGUCUCUCUGUCUGUCUCUCGCUCUGUCUGUCUCUCGCUCUUUCUGUCUCUGUCUCUCUCGCUCUUUCUGUCUCUGUCUCUCGCUCGCUCGCUCGCUCUGUCUGUAUGUCUCUCUCGCUCUGUCUGCUCUCUCUCGCUCUGUCUGUCUCUCUCGCUCUGUCUGUCUCUCGCUCUGUCUGUCUGUCUCGCUCGCUCUGGCUCGCUCGCUCGCUCUGUCUCUCUCUCUCUCUCGCUCUGUCUGUCUGUCUGUCUGUCUGUCUGUCUCUCUCUCGCUCUGUCUGUCUCUCUCUCGCUCUGUCUCUCUCUCGCUCGCUCUGUCUCUCUCGCUCGCUCUGUCUCUCUCGCUCGCUCUGUCUCUCUCGCUCGCUCUGUCUCUCUCUCUCGCUCUGUCUCUCUCUCUCGCUCUGUCUCUCUCUCUCGCUCUGUCUCUCUCUCUCGCUCUGUCUCUCUCUCUCUCUCUCGCUGUCUGUCUCUCUCUCGCUCUGUCUCUCUCUCGCUCUGUCUGUCUCUCGCUCUGUCUGUCUGUCUGUCUGUCUGUCUCUCUCGCUCUGUCUCUCUCUCGCUCGCUCUGGCUCGCUCGCUCGCUCUGGCUCGCUCGCUCGCUCUGUCUCGCUCGCUCGCUCUGGCUCGCUCGCUCGCUCUCUCGGUCUGUCUGUCUCUCUCUCUCGCUCUUUGUCUGUCUGUCUGUCUCUCUCUCGCUCUCUCUGUUUCUCUCUCUCUCUCUCUCUCUCGCUCUGUCUGUCUGUCUCUCUCUCGCUCUGUCUGUCUCUCUCUCUCGCUCUUUGUCUGUCUGUCUCUCGCUCUUUGUCUGUCUGUCUCUCUCUCUGUCUCUCUCGCUCUGUCUGUCUGUCUGUCUCUCUCGCUCUUUCUGUCUCUCUCGCUCUUUCUGUCUCUCUCGCUCUUUCUGUCUCUCUGUCUCUCUCCCCCUUUCUGUCUCUCUGUCUCUUUCGCUCUUUCUGUCUCUCUGUCUCUCUCGCUCUUUCUGUCUCUCUGUCUCUCUCGCUCUUUCUGUCUCUCUGUCUCUCUCGCUCUUUCUGUCUCUCUCGCUCUUUCUGUCUCUCUCGCUCUUUCUGUCUCUCUCGCUCUUUCUGUCUCUCUCGCUCUUUCGCUCUUUCGCUCUGUCUCUCUCGCUCUUUCGCUCUGUCUGUCUGUCUGUCUCUCUCGCUCUUUCGCUCUGUCUCUCUCGCUCUUUCGCUCUGUCUGUCUGUCUGUCUGUCUUUCUGUCUCUCACUCUUUCGCUCUGUCUCUCUCGCUCUUUCUGUCUCUCUCGCUCGCUCUGUCUGUCUGUCUGUCUCUCUCUCUCUCGCUCUGUCUGUCUGUCUCUCUCUCGCUCUGUCUGUCUGUCUCUCGCUCUGUCUGUCUGUCUCUCGCUCUGUCUGUCUGUCUCUCGCUCUGUCUGUCUGUCUCUCGCUCUUUCUGUCUCUGUCUCUCGCUCGCUCGCUCUGUCUGUCUCUCUCUCGCUCUGUCUGUCUGUCUGUCUCUCGCUCUGUCUGUCUGUCUCGCUCGCUCUGGCUCGCUCGCUCGCUCUGGCUCGCUCGCUCGCUCGCUCUGUCUCGCUCGCUCUGUCUGUCUCUCUCGCUCUGUCUGUCUGUCUCUCUCUCGCUCUGUCUCUCUCUCGCUCUGUCUCUCUCUCUCGCUCUGUCUCUCUCUCUCGCUCUGUCUCUCUCUCUCUCUCUGUCUCUCUCUCGCUCUGUCUCUGUCUGUCUUUCUCUCUCUCGCUCUCUCGCUCUGUCUGUCUCUCUCGCUCUGUCUGUCUCUCUCGCUCUGUCUGUCUCUUUCUCUCGCUCUUUGUCUGUCUGUCUCUCUCUCUCGCUCUCUCUGUCUCUCUCUCUCGCUCUCUCUCUCUCGCUCUCUCUCUCUCGCUCUGUCUGUCUGUCUCUCUCUCGCUCUUUGUCUGUCUCUCUCUCGCUCUUUGUCUGUCUCUCUCUCGCUCUGUCUGUCUGUCUCUCUCUCUCUCGCUCUGUCUGUCUGUCUCUCUCUCGCUCUGUCUCUCUCGCUCUUUGUCUGUCUCUCUGUCUGUCUGUCUCUCUCGCUCUGUCUGUCUCUCUCUCGCUCUGUCUGUCUGUCUGUCUCUCUCUCGCUCUGUCUGUCUGUCUCUCUCUCUCGCUCUUUGUCUGUCUGUCUCUCUCUCUGUCUCGCUCGCUCUGUCUCUCUCGCUCUUUCUGUCUCGCUCUUUCUGUCUCUCUCGCUCUUUCUGUCUCUCUCGCUCUUUCUGUCUCUCUGUCUCUCUCGCUCUUUCUGUCUCUCUGUCUCUCUCGCUCUUUCUGUCUCUCUGUCUCUCUCGCUCUUUCUGUCUCUCUGUCUCUCUUGCUCUCUCUGUCUCUCUCUCGCUCUUUCUGUCUCUCUGUCUCUCUCGCUCUUUCGCUCUGUCUCUCUCGCUCUUUCGCUCUGUCUCUCUCGCUCUUUCGCUCUGUCUGUCUGUCUCUCUCUCGCUCUGUCUCUCUCGCUCUUUCGCUCUGUCUGUCUGUCUCUCUCUCGCUCUGUCUGUCUGUCUCGCUCCGUCUGUCUGUCUCUCUCGCUCGCUCGCUCGCUCUGUCUCUCUCGCUCGCUCUGUCUGUCGCUCGCUCUGGCUCGCUCGCUCGCUCUGUCUGUCUCUCUCUCGCUCUGUCUCUCUCUCGCUCUGUCUCUCUCUCUCGCUCUGUCUCUCUCUCUCGCUCUGUCUCUCUCUCUCGCUCUGUCUCUCUCUCUCGCUCUGUCUCUCUCUCUCGCUCUGUCUCUCUGUCUGUCUGUCUCUCUCGCUCUGUCUCUCUCGCUCGCUCUGUCUCUCUCGCUCGCUCUCUCGGUCUCUCUCUCUCUGUCUCUCUCUCGCUCUUUCUGUAUGUCUGUCUCUCUCUCUCUCGCUCUGUCUCUCUCUCGCUCUCUCUGUCUCUCUCUCUCGCUCUGUCUCUCUCGCUCUUUCUGUCUGUCUCUCUCUCGCUCUGUCUGUCUGUCUGUCUGUCUCUCUCGCUCUGUCUGUCUGUCUCGCUCGCUCGCUCUGUCUCUCUCGCUCGCUCUGUCUCUCUCGCUCGCUCUCUCGGUCUGUCUGUCUGUCUCUCUCUCGCUCUGUCUGUCUCUCUCUCGCUCUGUCUGUCUGUCUCUCUCUCGCUCUGUCUGUCUCUCUCUCGCUCUGUCUGUCUGUCUCUCUCUCGGUCUGUCUGUCUCUCUCUCUCUCUCGCUCUGUCUGUCUGUCUGUCUCUCUGUCUGUUCUCUCUCUCUCUCUCGCUCUGUCUCUCUCUCUCGCUCUGUCUCUCUCUCUCUCGCUCUGUCUCUCUCUCUCGCUCUGUUCUCUCUCUCGCUCUGUCUCUCUCUCUCGCUCUGUCUCUGUCUCUCUCUCUCGCUCUGUCUCUGUCUCUCUCUCUCGCUCUCUGUCUGUCUGUCUCUCUCUCGCUCUGUCUGUCUGUCUCUCUCGCUCUCUGUCUGUCUCUCUCUCGCUCUCUGUCUGUCUCUCUCUCGCUCUUUGUCUGUCUCUCUCUCGCUCUUUGUCUGUCUCUCUCUCGCUCUUUCUGUGUCUGUCUCUCUCUCUCUCGCUCUUUCUGUGUCUGUCUCUCUCUCUCUCGCUCUUUCUGUGUCUGUCUCUCUCUCUCGCUCUUUUGUGUCUCUCUCUCGCUCUUUCUGUGUCUCUCUCUCGCUCUUUCUGUGCUCUCUUCUCUCGCUCUUUCGUGUCUCCUCUCUCGUUCGCUCUUCUGUGUCUGUCUCUCCUCUCUCGUCUUCUGUGUCUGUCUCCUCUUCUGUCUGUCUCGUCUCGCUUUUCUGUCUUUCUGUCUCCUCGCUCUUCUUUCUCUCUCUCGCUCGCUCUGUCUCUUUCGUCUUUCUGUGUCUCUCUCGCUCUUCUGUCUUGUUCUCUGUCUUCACUCGCUCUUUCUGUCUCUCUCUCGUCGUCUUUCUGUCUCUCUCUCUCGCUCGUUCUGUCUGUCCUCGCUCGCUCUGUCUGUCUGUCUCUCGCUCUCGCUUCUGUCUCGCUCGCUCUUCUUCUGUCUGUCUCGCUCGCUCUGUCUGUCUGUCUCGCUCGCUCUGUCUGUCUGUGUGUCUGUCUGUCUCUCUCUCUCUGUGUGUGGGUCUCAGCUCCUCUCUGUCCUGUCCUCCAGUGCAACGGUUUCUCAUCUGUUCGACUUAUCUGUUAUCUGAAAUAAGUUUAUUGAGUGGAGUUCAGCUAAAUCAGGCAUGACCACAGUAUGCCCUGAUCCAGCUUGUUGUGUCUGGAUAAUGUUUAAUUCUGGGGCCGGUGCUGUAUUUUGACUGCCGAGGCUGUAUUAUGUGUGUUGAUGUACUUUUUGCUCAGAUGGAGGGAGGGGGGAUGAUGUGUGUGAUGUUAAUCUGGCUCAUUUGCCUAUAGACUUUGUCUGAAGUCAGAAGUUGUUUAAUGUCUUUCUCUGAUGUGUGUGUUUACCAAAUGUUUGUGUAUGUGUCUCUCCAGGUGGGAGAUAUCCUGUCUGUAAUUGACAUGCCACCCAAAGAGGACUCCAGCUGGUGGAGGGGGAAGCAUGGCUUCCAGGUACACAACACAAUCACUGGAGACUGGCUGUCUCCCUCAUACACUCCCCUGUCUCCCCCAUACACACCCCAGUCUCCCUCAUACACUCCCCUGUCUCCCCCAUACACACCCCAGUCUCCCUCAUACACUCCCCUGUCUCCCCCAUACACACCCCAGUCUCCCUCAUACACUCCCCUGUCUCCCUCAUACACUCCCCUGUCUCCCCCAUACACACCCCAGUCUCCCUCAUACACUCCCCUGUCUCCCCCAUACACACCCCAGUCUCCCUCAUACACUCCCCUGUCUCCCCCAUACACUCCCCUGUCUCCCUCAUACACUCCCCUGUCUCCCUCACACACUUUAAAGAGCAACAGUUCUCCAGAUGAUGGCUACAUUCACUCUCACGUCUCCAUUUUUCUCUACUUCCUUUUCCCUUCUUGUUUGUUUCCUCUAUUUCUUUAUAUUUGUUCUCUUUCUUUCACCGUUCUCUAUUUUGACUGAGGUUUCUUUUCUUUUAACUCAUUCGCUAUUGUUUUUUAACCUAUGUCAUAUUCUAACAAAUCAUACAUCUAAUGUAUUUAAGACAAGUGUAGGUGUGUGUGUGUGUACACGUGUGUCCAUGCUUGUCAUCCACAGUUACUCUGACUGUCUUUCCCCACUCUAGGUGGGCUUCUUCCCCAGUGAGUGUGUGGAGCUCAUCAACGAGAAGCCUCAGUCCACCGCUAAAACAGGUAGCUUACACACACACACACACACACUUUAUGACACCACCAUACUGAAUCCCACUUACUGUACAUUACCACAUACACCUGCACUGUCACCAGAUCAAUGUUAGAUAUAUUGAGUGACAUUUGUUUGUGUUUCCAGAUGGAGAUCCAGCCAACUCCAACGCCAGCACACCAGGACCUCCCUCUCCUACGUCAGGUAAACAGACGCAAUCAAUCACUAAUACUGUCGCCACAGAGCGUGUCGAAAGGUUUUGUAGGGGCUGGCUUGAAAUGAGGUUGACAACAUGCAGUACUAGCUGUCAUGGUUACUAUGUUUUCUUUCUGGUUUUGCAGCAUAUAUUGCUUAUUAUAUUUAAUUGAAACGUAUAUUACAGCCACCUUUCCUCCCGUUCACUUGUAUCUUCCUCUUGUAAGUCUUCUAAGUAAACAUUAUAAAAUUAUAUCUCUCUAGAGGAUUGUUUAUUAUAGGAUACAUGACCUCGUCUUGUUAUCACCAGAAACACACAGCGAAUCACGUGACAUUACAUAGUUUCACAAUUACUCAGCCCAUAGGUUAUUUUGCUUGCCUAAUGUGGUCACCACAACAUCUUUGCUAUCUUCAUAUUUGUAUCUCUGUUUUGGGAGUGCAAAGUACAGAACAGCAAUGUAUUUAGCUAGUGUUCCAACCGCCUUCCUGUUGUAUCUAUUGCUUUUCUCUUUCUCUCUCUCAGUUCCUCAGCCUUGGUACCUAAGACUUGCUGGUAACAACAACUGAAAUGGAAUUACUCUCAUUCAUCUAUUUGUCAUCUAAUCAGAGUUCCCCGUCCACCGUCCUUAUCUUUCCUAACGCCUCAUCUCUCCCCUUAAUGCAGGGCCUGUAUAACCCAAGCAGGACACGUAAAAUAGCAAUUUAUACAACUAGCCAAGCCUAUGGCUGUUCACAUGCACCAUGGCAGGACUGGUGAGGAUGUUUUUAGAGAAGAUUUAGUGUGCAUCCAUAAAUCAUAGGAACACAAUGGAGCUUGCUGUAUAAGUCGUUGUUUUAGAGGAAGACGAUACAGGUUUAUUAUGACCAAUGACUAUCAUCACUCUCUGGCGCUUUUGUGUAUUUCCUUGCUCUUAAUCCUAAUCUUCACGAUGCGUCCAAGUAAUCUGCAGCUGCUUAUUGUUCUAAUGAUGUUGGUGGUCGUGGCUCAUUGGUCCAGAACACCACACAGCCUCCUACUAGUGUCUAUGCUCCAGCUCCCACUAAACUCUCCUAUUUUCUGAUGUCUUUUCACCCGUUUAUAUUUGAUGACGAUGAUGACAUUUAUGUAAAACAGCUGAAAUGUGCAUGCACACACACACACACAUUUGCACGCACACACACACACACACACACAGACACACACAGACACACCCCUCACAAAGAUAAACCCCUCACCCACCACAAUACAUCUCUCUUUCCCACCGUAGUGUCAUUACUCAGCAGCUCUCUGUCGCCCCCCUCUGACAGUUUCUAAGAAGCACGGCAAGCUGAUAGGGUUCCUGCGCACCUUUAUGAAGUCCAGGCCCACCAAGCAGAAGCUCAAACAGAGAGGCAUUCUUAAGGAGAGGGUGUUCGGCUGCGACCUGGGGGAGCACCUCCUCAACUCAGGACUGGACGGUACAUAAAACGCACACUUAUCCUCACGUAACCUUUUGGGGUUGUAAAGUCUAUCUUCUUUGGGCUUGUGAUUUUUAUAGUAACGUAAGAGUGAGUUGCUGGCUGCAGAGAGCGAGAGGUUUUGGCGUGUCAUGUGAACUAGGAACAAUAUUAAAGUCAAUCAUGCCAUUUUAGGAUCACAUUAGUGCUACGGAGUUGAUGAAAUGGGCCCAUUGCCCUAGUUAGAGUUCUAGAGUUGUAAUUGUAGAGUCUCAGGGAGUCGUCUCUGUGCGUCCUUGAGAGCCCUGGUCUGGUUCAGUGUACUACUGUAACGUGUCACAUGGAUCUUUUGUGUGCUUCUCCAGUUCCGCAGGUUCUGAAGAGCUGCUCAGAGUUCAUAGAGAAACAUGGUGUGGUGGACGGCAUCUACAGGCACUCUGGAGUCUCCUCCAACAUUCAGAAACUCCGGUACGACUCCUCAUGCUAACCCUAACCCUGCAUAUCAGCCCUGAACCUGUAAAGACUUAGAAGUACUACAUAGAACAUUUACUGCAUGCAUAAAAUACAUAGAGGCAAAUAUGCAAUACUUUUUGGCAUUCAACCCUAUUUGACACUCUCUCCACCAGACAUGAGUUUGACAGUGAGAACGUUCCAGAACUGACCAAGGAUAUGUAUAUGCAGGACAUCCACUGUGUGGGGUCCCUGUGUAAGCUCUACUUUAGAGAGCUGCCCAACCCCCUGCUCACCUACCAGCUCUACGACAAGUUUGCAGUGAGUACAUGGCCAUAACCCAACACAACUCCAACUGAAAGGGCUACCCAUUGUCAAAGGCUAAACUUGCCAUCUGUUUGUCCCUGGUCUUCCUCCGUAGGACUGUAUGGGAGAGAUGACGGAUGACGAGCGCAUGGUGAAAGUACAUGAUGUCAUCCAGCAGCUCCCACCACCGCACUACAGGUAUACACAUAACACAGCCAUGGAGACAGCGACUACAGGUAUACACAUAACACAGCCAUGGAGACAGCGACUACAGGUAUACACAAACACAGCCAUGGAGACAGCGACUACAGGUAUACACAUAACACAGCCAUGGAGACAGCGACUACAGGUAUACACAUAACACAGCUAUGGAGACAGCGACUACAGGUAUACACAUAACACAGCCAUGGAGACAGCAACUACAGGUAUACACAUAACACAGCUAUGGAGACAGAGACUACAGGUAUACACAUAACACAGCCAUGGAGACAGCGACUACAGGUAUACACAUAACACAGCCAUGGAGACAGCGACUACAGGUAUACACAUAACACAGCCAUGGAGACAGCGACUACAGGUAUACACAUAACACAGCCAUGGAGACCUAGACGACAGGUAUGCACAUAACACAGCCAUGGAGACAGAGGCUACAGGUAUACACAUAACACAGCCAUGGAGACAGCGACUACAGGUAUACACAUAACACAGCCAUGGAGACAGCGACUACAGGUAUACACAUAACACAGCCAUGGAGACAGCGACUACAGGUAUACACAUAACACAGCCGUGGAGACAGCGACUACAGGUAUACACAUAGCACAGCCAUGGAGACAGCGACUACAGGUAUACACAUAACACAGCCGUGGAGACAGAGACUACAGGUAUACACAUAACACAGCCGUGGAGACCGAGACUACAGGUAUACACAUAAUACAGCCAUGGAGACAGAUCCCAGACUGUGGACUGAUGUCUAUCUCUGUCAGGACCUUGGAGUACCUCAUUAGACACCUGGCUGGUCUGGCCACCUGCAGCGGAGAGACCAACAUGCACAUCAAGAACCUGGCCAUCGUCUGGGCCCCCAACCUGCUCAGGUGUGUGUCUGUGUGUACCUACUGUACCUGUAUGUGUGCAUUGUGGAACGGUUCAUAUAGAAAUACAGUGGGGGAAAAAGUAUUUAGUCAGCCACCAAUUGUGCAAGUUCUCCCACUUAAAAAGAUGAGAGGCCUGUAAUUUUCAUCAUAGGUACACGUCAACUAUGACAGACAAAUUGAGGAAAAAAAAUCCAGAAAAUCACAUUGUAGGAUUUCUUAUGAAUUUAUUUGCAAAUUAUGGUGGAAAAUAAGUAUUUGGUCACCUACAAACAAGCAAGAUUUCUGGCUCUCACAGACCUGUAACUUCUUCAAGAGGCUCCUCUGUCCUCCACUCGUUACCUGUAUUAAUGGCACCUGUUUGAACUUGUUAUCAGUAUAAAAGACACCUGUCCACAACCUCAAACAGUCACACUCCAAACUCCACUAUGGCCAAGACCAAAGAGCUGUCAAAGGACACCAGAAACAAAAUUGUAGACCUGCACCAGGCUGGGAAGACUGAAUCUGCAAUAGGUAAGCAGCUUGGUUUGAAGAAAUCAACUGUGGGAGCAAUUAUUAGGAAAUGGAAGACAUACAAGACCACUGAUAAUCUCCCUCGAUCUGGGGCUCCACGCAAGAUCUCACCCCGUGGGGUCAAAAUGAUCACAAGAACGGUGGGCAAAAAUCCCAGAACCACACGGGGGGACCUAGUGAAUGACCUGCAGAGAGCUGGGACCAAAGUAACAAAGCCUACCAUCAGUAACACACUACGCCCCCAGGGACUCAAAUCCUGCAGUGCAAGACGUGUCCAGGCCCGUCUGAAGUUUGCUAGAGUGCAUUUGGAUGAUCCAGAAGAGGAUUGGGAGAAUGUCAUAUGGUCAGAUUUUUUGGUAAAAACUCAACUCGUCGUGUUUGGAGAACAAAGAAUACUGAGUUGCAUCCAAAGAACACCAUACCUACUGUGAAGCAUGGGGGUGGAAACAUCAUGCUUUGGGGCUGUUUUUCUGCAAAGGGAGCAGGACGACUGAUCCGUGUAAAGGAAAGAAUGAAUGGGGCCAUGUAUCGUGAGAUUUUGAGUGAAAACCUCCUUCCAUCAGCAAGGGCAUUGAAGAUGAAACGUGGCUGGGUCUUUCAGCAUGACAAUGAUCCCAAACACACCGCCCGGGCAACGAAGGAGUGGCUUCGUAAGAAGCAUUUCAAGGUCCUGGAGUGGCCUAGCCAGUCUCCAGAUCUCAACCCCAUAGAAUAUCUUUGGAGGGAGUUGAAAGUCCGUGUUGCCCAGCGACAGCCCCAAAACAUCACUGCUCUAGAGGAGAUCUGCAUGGAGGAAUGGGCCAAAAUACCAGCAACAGUGUGUGAAAACAUUGUGAAGACUUACAGAAAACGUUUGACCUGUGUCAUUGCCAACAAAGGGUAUAUAACAAAGUAUUGAGAAACUUUUGUUAUUGACCAAAUACUUAUUUUCCACCAUAAUUUGCAACUAAAUUCAUUAAAAAAUCCUACAAUGUGAUUUUCUGGAUUUUCUCUCCUCAUUUUGUCUGUCAUAGUUUACGUGUACCUAUGAUGAAAAUUACAGGCCUCAUCUUUUUAAGUGGAAGAACUUGCACAAUUGGUGGCUGACUAAAUACUUUUUUUUCCCCCACUGUACAUUGUUUAGAACAGAUGUGCCUCUGACAUUUACAGUGAGGAAUCAUGUCGGCUCUAUUCAUGGCAUUUCUAUCUGCAACACCGUCCUGGAGUUGACCCUGGUGUGGCUGUGUGUUGUCUCCAUGGCAGGUCUAUGGAGAUCGAGUCGGUGGGUCUGAGUGGUGCUGACCCGUUUAAGGAGGUGCGGAUCCAGUCUGUGGUGGUGGAGUUUCUCCUCAGUCACGUGGACGUGCUCUUCAGUGACUCUUUCACCUCUGUAGGACGCUUUACAGGCACAGGUAUGAACAUCACCAUAAUCCCAAUGCUGCCGUCUCUAACGCUCACUGGACACAAUCCUCCUAACUUGAGUUCCAUCUGUGUGGAAAAACACACAUUUCCCAUUGAAAUCAAAGUCGCCAAUCGUCAGUAACGUGUGUAUGGAUUUCAAGUUAGGAUUCGACUGAAAAUGUAUUUUCUCCUUCAGCUGCUCUCCUUCAGAGUGCUCCCUCUGUCCUCUCUCCCUCUGUAUCAGCUUUUUUGGUAUUGUGUUUUCAAUGCCACACACAGAGCAUUACCUCAGAGCCUCAAAGCCUCUUUUUAUUACCUACAGUAGCUAGCUUUACCACUCUGCCAGCCAGGCUUCCUCUAACCUCUACAACUUAAUGCUUUUAGUUGUUUGGUUAAACAGAACGCUUUGGUAAAAGCCCUGUAAAUAAUGGAUGACACUUCUACCGCCAUUACAACUGUCACCACCGCCCACUGUCCUCCGCUUUUUACCCCGCAAAUGCUGUAAAUCUAUGAGAACGACUCUACUUUAAUGAUUUUAUGAUACUAAUAUUUCAUUUCACACUUUGCUUGCCUCGCAGCACAGUAAGAAAUGUGUCUUGAAUAGUCUAAAAUGUCAGUAAUAUAAGUGAUUUGUGCAUUAAAAUAUUUUUCCACUGUAUCCAUUUGCUAAGUAAUUGAUUGUCCAAAACGUUUUACAAUAUUUGCCAACAUUUUGUUCUUUACUCUCAAUAAACAUCAGUAUUAAAUAUGGAAUAAAACUGAAAACUUGCCAUAAAGUGAGCCCUCAGCCACACUGAUACUGUAGCCAUCCCACUGGGCAUAGACGUCAAGUCAACAUCUGUUCCACGUUGUUUCAAUGUAAUUUCAUUGAAAUGACGUGGAAACAACGUUGAUUCAACCAGUGUAUGCCCAGUGGGAUGGAAGCAGUAGAUAGUGAGUGAGAGCUGUGUGUCUCCGUAGCGACGGGCAAGCUGGAGCGUAAGGUCUCUCGGCAGCACCAGAGAACCAGGCUGAUGAGUCUGCAGGAGGCCAGGGGUGAGGAGGAGUUGGUGGGGGAGGCCAGGGGUGAGGAGGUCCCUAAGGCCCCCAGGCCCCCUACAGUGUCUGCUCCUCUUCAGGAAGUCACCGUAGAGAGGCGAUGCUACUCCAUGUUCUGACCAGCCGUGCCUUCUCUCUCUCUCAAUGCUGGAUCCUUACAAGCGCUCUAUAGCGUUGAUUGGUUUAUUUUAGGCUUGGUCUAUUUUUGGCUUCUGUGUGACCCAUACGUUUGUCUGUCUGAGAUCUCUGUACGAUGUGUCUCAUCAUAUUGGAUUUUGUCCUUUGUUUUCCAGUAGAUAGUAAGUAUAGCCUAGUUUUGUGAAUGCUGAUAUGAUAUGUUUGUAUAAACCCAGUGUCUCUUCAGGGUUGAGUCACUGGUCAACUGUGAACUCUCACAUGAUUGUUAUAUUGACAGUUGAAUAGGCAAUAAACUUCCAUCCUGGUUCAAAUUCAUCCCAUCUUGAAGUAAACGUGGUCGGUUACAUUUUGUGUGUACUCCAAUAUUUGUUUUUGUCAUUUUAAAUAGUUAUUAAAGUAACUUUUAGGUUGUUUUGUGCUGUAAUGCUCAAAAUAUUAAAGAAUAACUGUAGUUUUGAAAAAUGUGUCACAAAUGCUGUGGAUGUUUCUUUUAAGAGGAUUACAUUGAGGCAGAACAAGCAGGUAAAACAACAAUGUUGAAUUUAUUAUUCCCAGCUUCCAUUAUCUGUUUUGUCUUGUCAGCUAGCUAAAUAAUCAAUAGGCCCUAUAGCUCAAAUGUUUAACCUCAGUAUUGUCUACAGAUCAGCAGUAUCUGUGUGCUUCUCCAGCUGAAGAGUAUCUGUCAGCAUCCCAGCCAGGGCUCAGUUAGAUGCUUGCUUUGUGUCUCAGACUCUUUUUUUUUUUUUUUUUGGGUAUCUCAGAUUGUUCUGGCUAUUCUCACAGAAACUUAAUUGGGAGGAUGAAUGUUUGAUAUGGUUUUAACAUUUGUAUCACAAACCAUUUGGGAGAAAAUCAUGAUGAAAGUGGCUUUUUUAGGCCCUUUUUAGACCUAAGCCUCUUAAGACUCUGUGAACUGUGCAUGAUAAAGACAACAUCUUGGUGUCAUUAUACUCCUUAUAGUGUGCUCUAAAAUAUGGAUUAUGUCUAGAUUAUGACAUAAAAUAACAUUUAUUCAACAUAAAAAAUAUUAAUGUGAAUAUCUCGUACCAUUUUGAUUUUGUGCAUUUUUAGACAUUUGUUUUAAACAAUAUACUAUACAUGUACUUGAACUUUUAAACUCUGCUACUUUUGAAGUUAUGAUCAAUUAUGUGAGCACCACCAGUGAAUGGGAAAAUGGAUUCAAAGGAACUCCCUCUGCUGGUGAUUUGCUGAAUGUGAUUGCUUAAUGACCUAUGAUGUCAAUUUCUAUGUAUGAAAUGGUCACGUCUUCAAAAGUAGCAGAGCACCCACUCUGGAAGUUUGACGUGUUGUUCCAAACAAUAUGUCAAAAAAAAUAUGCUAAAUCAAAAAGGGUACUUUUGAGAUAUUAAUAUGAAUAUUGUUAUGUUGAGUACAUUUGUGAAACAUUGUAUUGCAGUAAAUUAAUAUGGGAAAAAUAUUUCCGGCCUUUCCUGGCGUGGAAUCACCCUAGCAGACACUGUUACAGUACUCUGUUAAUUGCAUUAUGAUAAUACAUAUUUGUUAAGAUGUCAAUCCUGUCUGAUGACAUUUGAAACAAAGCUUUUGGCCACUGUCACCGAAGCCUCCUCACAUUCCCACCCUAUUACUAACUGUAGGGCCUCUUUCUGCCUGCAGGGCGGCACUCUCUGACCAGGCCCAGGUCCUUUGUGUCCACCAGGCUGCUCUCCCUAGAAGAGGCCCAGGCCAGGACACAGGCUCCUCUGCUCCUCCAGGGUGCGCCAGUCCAUUUCCAGGGCCAGUUCCACACUGUGCUGGACCUACCUGUCGACAGGUGAGUGGGAGGCCAGGCUUAUUCCAGACCAUGAACGUUUCUGUAGUUUUACUAUCACAUGCACUUGAUUUAGCGAUCUCACCUACCUAAAUCUCUCUCUCUCUUGCUCCCCUACAGGAGGAAGAGGGGGAUGAAGGUACGGAAGGCAGCUGGAGGGAGCUGGAAGACUUUCUUUGCAAUCGGGAAGCCCCCGGGGGCGGGGCGACGUAAACCAAUGAGGAUCAGCUCCCUGUUCCAGCCUGCCACCUCACACGCAGGUAGAUAUGAUGUCUGCUUCAGACCACACCCACACACCAGGGGUAUGUUCAGACAAUUUACAUGGAUGGAUGGAAAAUAAAUACCAACUCCACAGUUUAAGUCGCCCCUUUUGAUCCCCUUCUCUCUUUGUAUGACAGAUCUCCCUUUCUCUCUCUCUCUGGCGGUCUCUCUCUCCCUCUCCUCUCUCUCUCCUUGGUCUCUCCUCCAGGUUGCCGUGUGGACAGUGUGACCCUGCGUUCAGCUAAGAGUGAGGAAUCGUUAUCGUCGCAGCACAGUGGAGCAGGUACAGCACAGUAGGCCAUAACACACUCACUGAUGCUAAUACUGCUACUCAUCUCAGCAGGUUAAGACCUCUCAGCCAGAUCGAUAGCAGAGCCUCUCUCUUUUUGUCCAUUAAGUAUAGCGUAUGAGAUGUGUCUCUGUCAGGGGAGGCUGUGGAAGAGAAUGGAUGUGUCUGGAAGCAGUGCUGAUAGUUUGAGUGAUUUUGGGCAGUCUGAGUAGAAUGGAUCCUUUGGGAGCUGUGGGUUAGGUACUGAGCACUACAGAAACACUUAUUUGAACCCCUGACAAUUCCCUGUUUUUGUUUUUUUCUCACUUUCUCUCUCUUCCUACCUCUACUUCUCGCUCUCUCAGGACAGUCGAAGCGUCUGCGACGGCCCUGCUCCAGCAGUGACGGUCUGUCUUUGGCUGCCUCCAUGGACCCCCAGCACCUGCCCCAGCGCCCCCCGUCCCGCCUGCCUUCCAGCCGCUCCUAUGACAGCCUGCUGCCUGAGGACCGCCGGCUCAGGGACGAUGGAGACGAUGAGGAGGAUGAAGACGAGGAAGGCAUCUACAUGCUGCCUGACUUCUCCAACCAGGACCCGGCUGCUUCCUGGAUGGCAGAGGACGUCAUCGACUUCAGCCCCACCUUCCUGGAGGACGGGCCAAUCGGCUUGGGCAGCGCAGUCACCGCGGGCGGCAGGCAGUCCCCGCCCACUGCCACGCCCCCUCCCUACCGCUGCCUCAGCCACCAAGGACACUCCCACUCCAGCAGCCAGCGCUCAAUCACAGAGGACCCCGACUCGGUGCUCAACCAAUCAGAUGCGGCCGUCAGGAGGAGUCUGAUCAUAGCCGCCACAGCCCCGCCCCUUCAGGUGUUCUGUCAACACAGACCGGCCAAUACCAGCCCAUCUGCCGGCCAAUUAGGGGAGGGCACCAACCUGAGUCCUUCCCACAGUCAAGGCCAGGGCCAGCCCAUUACACCUGCGACCUCUGCCCCCUCUGCUCAGCCCCCGCCAGAGAGAAGAUCUUUCACCCGGAAGAUGGUGAACGCCUUCUCACAAAAAGCCCCAAAGUCCCCUCCACUGGACAUCUCUGACCCUGUAUCCAUCAGCGUCCCAGCUAAGGUACUUCCUCCCUCUCUGUGUCACUGCUGUCCCUGUAUUUAUGUAUCUCAGGAGUGGAGUUUAUCAAACUUGACUUUCUCCCUCGUAGGUGUUGGACAUGAUUGGCGGGCGAGCUGGCGAAUUACAGCCCGGCAUCCCGAGUAGCGGUCCCUCCCAGUCGCAGCCUCCUCAGAUGAUCUCCAUGCUGCUGAGGUCAUGUGACUUCCAGCUGACGGAGAGCUGCCAGCAGGAGAUCCGCAGCAAGCUGGGCCCCGAGGCCAAGAUCAGAGGACAGGGUGAGUAGACAGGAAUGGACUCGGCCAACAAGUUUGAUUGAUUGCUUGAAUGUAUUAGUUAAUUGAUUUAUAAUCAUAAUCAAAAAAAUGUUUGUUUUCAAUGAUGAUUUUAGGUUUUACUGCAGACCAUAGUCAUGUAAUUUAACCGUUCUCUCCCCUCUACAGGUAUAUCAGGACCCACCGGUGCCCCCCUGCUUUCCCAGCCUCCCCCUCCCCCUCCUAAAAACCCAGCGCGCCUCAUGGCCCUGGCCCUGGCUGAGAGUGCCAACAAGGCCCUGAGACAGGGCGCCUCACCCCCCUACCGCCCCCCUCAGUCCCGGUCCCAGGACGCAGCCGACACCCGCUACCAGAGGUCCCUGUCUGCCGACGCAGGAGAGCAGCUUUCCUCUGACCCCAAUCAGCUCUACUCCACAGUGCGCCCCCUGUCUGUGUGGAUGACCGAGGGAGAGGGAAACACGACAGAGACAGCAGCAGAUACAGGACACAGCCAGGGAGAGAGGACUCCAGGACAGGUGUGUGUGGGGGAGCGUGUGUGGAAGUGUGCACAUGUCUGUAAGUGGCACUGUAUGGGUGUGACUUUGUGUUGUGGUCAAUUCUAAGUGGUGGAUAUGUUGUUUUGACUGUCUGUUGUGCUAGAGAUGUUUUAGUUUUGGGCUCCAUAUGAAGAACAACAACAGUGCUGUCAGGUCAUUUCAUUUCCUAACCAUAACAAGCAAGAUGUUUACAGUUGCCUGGGCAAAUUAGAUUCCUUCCUUUUUUAACUGUUGUUGUUAUGAGGAGACUAUGACAAAGCCCAUGUUCUAUUUUCAGAGCUGGUUAAUCAUGCAUAGACAACAGUACUGUAAAGUAUAUCUGGCCGCAUGUAGCUACAGCAUGCAUGACUAACCAGUACUGUAACUUACUGUAUGGCAGUAAAAGAAAUGUCAAGUUAUAUAUAUAUAUAUAUACACACAUAUAUACAGUGGGGGGAAAAAGUAUUUAGUCAGCCACCAAUUGUGCAAGUUCUCCCACUUAAAAAGAUGAGAGAGGCCUGUACUUUUCAUCAUAGGUGCACGUCAACAAUGACAGACAAAUUGAGAAAAAAAAAUCCAGAAAAUCACAUUGUAGGAUUUUUUAUGAAUUUAUUUGCAAAUUAUGGUGGAAAAUAAGUAUUUGGUCACCUACAAACAAGCAAGAUUUCUGGCUCUCACAGACCUGUAACUUCUUCUUUAAGAGGCGCCUCUGUCCUCCACUCGUUACCUGUAUUAAUGGCACCUGUUUGAACUUGUUAUCAGUAUAAAAGACACCUGUCCACAACCUCAAACAGUCACACUCCAAACUCCACUAUGGCCAAGACCAAAGAGCUGUCAAAGGACACCAGAAACAAAAUUGUAGACCUGCACCAGGCUGGGAAGACUGAAUCUGCAAUAGGUAAGCAGCUUGGUUUGAAGAAAUCAACUGUGGGAGCAAUUAUUAGGAAAUGGAAGACAUACAAGACCACUGAUAAUCUCCCUCGAUCUGGGGCUCCACGCAAGAUCUCACCCCGUGGGGUCAAAAUGAUCACAAGAACGGUGAGCAAAAAUCCCAGAACCACAUGGGGGGACCUAGUGAAUGACCUGCGGAGAGCUGGGACCAAAGUAACAAAGCCUACCAUCAGUAACACACUACGCCGCCAGGGACUCAAUCCUGCAGUGCCAGACGUGUCCCCCUGCUUAAGCCAGUACAUGUCCAGGCCCGUCUGAAGUUUGCUAGAGUGCAUUUGGAUGAUCCAGAAGAGGAUUGGGAGAAUGUCAUAUGGUCAGAUGAAACCAAAAUAUAACUUUUUGGUAAAAACUCAACUCGUCGUGUUUGGAGGACAAAGAAUGCUGAGUUGCAUCCAAAGAACACCUACUGUGACGCAUGGGGGUGGAAACAUCAUGCUUUGGGGCUGUUUUUCUGCAAAGGGACCAGGACGACUGAUCCGUGUAAAGGAAAGAAUGAAUGGGGCCAUAUAUCGUGAGAUUUUUAGUGAAAACCUCCUUCCAUCAGCAAGGGCAUUGAAGAUGAAACGUGGCUGGGUCUUUCAGCAUGACAAUGAUCCCAAACACCACCGCCCGGGCAACGAAGGAGUGGCUCGUAAGAAGCAUUUCAAGGUCCUGGAGUGGGCCUAGCCAGUCUCCAGAUCUCAACCCAUAGAAAAUCUUUGGAGGGAGUUGAAAGUCUGUGUUGCCCAGCGACAGCCCCAAAACAUCACUGCUCUAGAGGAGAUCUGCAUGGAGGAAUGGGCCAAAAUACCAGCAACAGUGUGUGAAAACCAACAGUUAUUGACCAAAUACUUAUUUUCCACCAUAAUUUGCAAAUAAAUUCAUAAAAUCCUACAAUGUGAUUUUCUGGAUUAUUUUUUCUCAUUUUGGUCUGUCAUAGUGACGUGUACCUAUGAUGAAAAUUACAAGGCCUCCAUCUUUUUAAGUGGGAGAACUUGCACAAUUGGUGGCUGACUAAAUACUUUUUUUCCCCCACUGUACAUACACAUAUAUAUAUGUAUGUGUGUGUGUGUGUGUGUGUGUAUUAUUUUUUUAAUGCAGGAUACUCUGUCCUCUGAGACGUCUGACUCUGUGGCGUCCAACUCGGAGAUGUCUGGUGGGAGCGCCUCUGGAGACGACCAGACCCCCAGCCCCAUCUACAAGAACCAGAAGCAGUUUCCCCACACCCAGUCACAGCCCCCCAAACCAGGCCAGUCUGGGGAGAGACGCAGCCCCACUGAGUCCCAGUCUCAGAGGAAGCCCCCAGCCUACUCACGCCAGUUCUCUGCCCCUCACCUCCAACAGAAAUCCAUCUCAACCUCCACCCAAUCCAAGCCGUCCUCGGCCCACCCCCAGCUCAUGCACUCCAAGUCAGAGUCCCCUCUGGCUCAGGUCUGUGCCUUCCAGCCCACCCGCCCCAAAGUGCCCCCUAAGCCCCUGGAUCUGGAGCGUCCCCAGAGAGCACCACUGGCCCAGACUGAGAUGCGUCGCUCCCUGGACUCAGGGCGCAUCAGGCGGAUCUUUGGUCAGCAGGGGAACCCUCCUCUGGCCAGAGCCUUCUCAGAGCGUCUAAGUGGAGCUCCAGACCACCUCGCCCGUUACCACGCAGCCAGGGCAGCCAGCCAACCAUCCCCGGGUAAGCAGCCCCCACAGCAGGCCCAGAUCCGGCCCGUGCCCAUCUCCUCCACCUCAGAGGACCAGGGAAAGAUGGAGAACUUUUACUACGAGAUUGCCGGGCCUGAGAACCCACAGGGCCCCCCCAGCUACGCCCGCCACAGCUACCAGAACAUGAGGCUGGACCUGGAGGGUAACUUCCGCCCGGCCCCCCACCCAGAGGCCAACCAAAGGCCCAUCUCCCGGGGGCAUCACCAACACCAACCCCAGCCUCUCCACCACAACCGGGGUGGGCCCAGAGGGGAGAGGGGGCCCCAGCUCUGGUCCAAAGAGGCCACGCGGGCUUGGGCAGCCGCCCACUCCCAGUCCCACUCAUUCUCCCACGGCCACUCCCACUCUCACCACCACUCCCAGGACGGCUCCCAUCACCCCUCUCACCACCACCCCCGGCCCCAGCGCCAGACCUCCUCCUCAGUCCGGCUGGCCCGUAGUGAGAUGCACCCCCUCCCCUCCUCCUCCAUGGUUCCCCUGGCGCUCCACCAGCACCAACGCAGCCUCCACCGCUCCAACAGGUCAGCCUCCACAGACCUCACCGUCUCCCAGCUACACCCCUAUUUUGAAAAUGGGAAGGUGUGCUAUCGUAAGCCAGAGGAGGCUCCUCUGAGUCUGAGCCAGCCUCCUCAGGGCAAGUCUAUCCAGGGCCAGCCAUCCCAGCCCUCCCCUCCCCAGGCCCACAGACCGACCUCCAAGGACCAGUCUGAGCCCAUCUACGUCAACUUCCCUUUCCCCAGCCCCUCUACUGGGGCCAAAAACACGAAGAGCUGGACAACCACAGACCUGGAUGGAGACUCUCCGCAGGGGUCUGAACCUCUUGCCACGCCAACCGACCCCCCUCCCCCAGUGGACCAGAGACAGUCCUCCCCCCGCCUGGCCCCUGACCAGGGAGGCUCCACCAGCGUCAGCCUCACCCCCUCCACUCCAGACAGCCCAGCUGCCCACAACGACUCGGCAGCAACGACCCCAGGGAGCAUCCAGGAGAGUGACUUCCUCCCAGCGCCCACAGCGUCUACAUCGACAGGGGUCCACUACCGCAGCCACUCAGACCCCCAGAGCUCCAGCUGCAGUACGGAGCCCAUCCAGGGCCUGUCGGGGAAGGAGAUCGCCUCCCUGCUGAUAGAGAAGCUGGCUGAGGAGGAGAGGGCUGAGGGUCCCUCCACAGUCACCUCCUCCUCUGACUCCACCAGCUCCUCCCCUGCGAUGGAGCACCCUCCCAACCCCUACCCCAGCCAGCAGCACAACCAGCCCCUGCCUGCCUACAAUGUCUACACCCCGGGCCCCUCACGGAGCAGGGCUCCUCAGAGCGCCGGGGCAGGGGGCUUCCAACGCCAAGACCUGCUCCGGAGGUCCUCGUCCGGGGGUCAGUACAGGCAGGCCUUUGAUGUCAUGCCCUCAGGCGAUCAGGUGCUCAAAUACUACCGGACCCAAGAAUUUACCCCUGGGCCCCAGGGAGAGCGCCAGAGCUCUGCCGCUAACCCCUACCCACCUCGGCAGCACUACCAGGUGCCCCCCUACCCCAUCCAGAGCCCCCAGGAUCCCCACCCCUCCGGCUACCCCUGCCAGCCCCUCUCGGACCCCUCCACCUCGCCGUCUGCGGCCUUCUCCAACCUGACGCUGGGAGCCCCCAGGCCCUACCCCGGCCAGCCAGGAGGCCUCCAGUACAGCCAGUACCCAUUCCAGCCUGGCCCGGUGCUGGGCCAAUACCCUAACCCUCCCCCCCGCCGAGAUGUAGUCCACGAGCCGGUGCUGCGGCCGCAGGGCCUAAGGAACCAGAGAGGGCUGGCACGGCAGGGCAGCUUACCUGGACCAUCACCCAACUGGACCAUCCAUACUGAGGGUCAGACACGCAGCUACUGCUGA